AUGGACACUGAGAUUCACGAACACGCGGCAUUCAGUAACGGUUUGCAAAAGUUGAACGAGUACGUUGAAUCACGGCUGGCAGACCCAUCUUCGUACUCGGGAACCGAGCUGGUCGGCAUUCUGGACUCGUUCGGCGAGGUUCUCGCAACUCACCUAGCGCAUGAGCCGCCCAAGAUGGCAUUACUCAGCCAGUAUGGAGAUUUCGAUACUCGAAAGAAACAGCAGAUCACAGCAUGA